AUGGACAGAGACAGUAACACACCUCUCACAUUGGAGAACACAGAGUACACAGGUCCUCAGACGGAUGCAAUAGAUCAAAUACCGGACAUGGAUCAUCAUGAUGCUCAGAGAGAAGAAGCUACAGGAGGCAUCGGGCACCAGAUGUCGGCCUCGGAUCCGGACAACCCUCAGAAUUGGCCUCUCCAUCGAAAGCUCCACGCCAGUUUCGUGGCCUUUUCAUUUGCAUUUGCCGUAGCGUUCGGUCUUACGUCCUACUCGAUCGCCGUCGGCGACGUGAUGGCCGACUUCAACGUUUCAAUGACAGCUGCCAUCGUCCCAUUCUCCCUCUACCUUGUUGGCAUCUCCUUCGCACCUAUAUACACUCCACAUAUGACUGAGAGAUUUGGCCGGUCGCCAGUCUACUUCGUCAGUCUGCCUAUCUGCGCCUUGUUCUUGCUGGGUGUCAGUCGAGCUCAAAGCUUCGGCGCAUUGGCAGUAUUACGGUUCUUCGCUGGCUUGGGUGGCGGACCGUGCCUUGUUCUUAUCGAGGGUACCUUCGCCGAUGUCUGGUCAGCAACAACGACUGUAACAUACUACUCUGGCUUGACUUUGGCUUCUUAUCUCGGAGCUGCAUUCGGCUCAAUAAUCCUCGGCAGCAUCGUCCCCAGCACAUCCUGGCGUUGGACCGCGUACGUCUCUUUGAUGAUCUGCCUGGCAGCCUUCCUGAUCGGUAUCGGAUUCCCAGAGACCUACGGUCGUGAAAUUAUCCGCACCAGAGCUCGCCGCGCCGGAAGACCUCAUAAUCUCCCACCCGCCGAGUCUGGUACGACAAUCUCUCGCAUGGCCCAGUUGACCAUCGUCGAUCCUGUCAUUAUGCUCUUCACCGAACCGAUUGUUAUCAUGACCACACUCUACGUGUCCUUUGUCUUCGGUACCACGUUCCAAUGGUUCAUCGCAGUUCCUGCUGCUUUGAACCUCACGUAUGGCUUUGGAAUUCAAUCGUCAGGUCUGGCAUUCAUCUCGGCCGUCGUGGGUGCACUACUCGCCGCCGCUACGGCGACUUUGAUCGAGAAGUUCUUGAUCUUGUUGAGGCUGCGGCAAUGCCAGGGCCAGGAUAUGGUUCAGAUGGACAUCGAGUACCGACUGGUGCCUGCCAUGGUUGGGGGAGUGCUCAUGACCGGGGCGUUCUUUUGGGUCGGUUGGACCGCCGUGCCUACGACACAUUAUAUUGUCCCGAUCAUCGGCACCGGAGUAUACGUCUGGGGAAGCAUGAUGAUCCUGAUUUCGUACAUCUCUUACCUCUUUGACGCCUAUCCACCCGCCGGAACCCUUUCCGCCCUCACGAUCGCUGCAAGCAUGCGUCUCCUCGUCGCAGCGGCUAUCCCACUUGUCAUCAUUCAAAUGAUCACCAACCUCGGCGGCGACUGGGCUUACGGAGUCUUUGGUAUCAUCUCCGGAUGUUUGCUGUCUAUCAAUUGCAUCGUCUACAAGUUUGGUGCCAAACUGAGGAUGAAGAGCAAGUACAGUGCCCAGAGCAUUAUGAUGAUGACAUUGCGUACUCAUCAAGAACUCAAAGCUAUGCCUUAA